GCCGCCGUGGCCGCUUUGCCCGAGUGGAGAAGCCCGGCGCGGGCGCGGCGCUGACAGGAGCUGCGAAGGGCACAGAAGCAGCAGCAGCAGCAGCCAUGAGCGUCGACUGCGACGUGGUGGUGGUCGGCGCGGGCAUCUCAGGUGGGUGAGCUUCCCCGCUCUUUGCCCGCCCGGGUGACCCUUGUGAGGAAACCGGCCUGGCGGUGCUGCGGGAGGCGAGGGCGGGGAAAGGGUCGCGCCCUCAGUCACGGGAGACCGGCUGGGCGCGUUGGGGACAGUGGUGGCCCCGCGGGGAAAGGCGUCCGGGGUGAGGCGAGCUCGGGGAAAGGUCGUCGGCCGAGCUCGUGAGAGGAACUUGGUGGCGGAGGCUCCGGAGGCGCCUGGCCCCCUGUGAAGUCUGCCCCGGGCCAGCCGAGGCUCGGCGUUGGCUGCCUGUCGCCGACGGAGCCGGCUUCUGCUCGGGGUCAGAAGGCUGCUCACGCCGCGCCCCACUCCCUUGGGACUCGGGGUCCGGAGGAGCCACAGGGCUUUUGUCAGGCAGUUUGGCGGCUGCACCGCGCGAUGGAAGUUCUUGCGAGCCGAGAGAGUACAAGGGGCUUUCGUUUUCGCAGUGUUUCGUUGGUUUGUUUCUUGUCCCGCUGCGAUCGGUUUUACUCUGGUCUGCUUUGAAUCCAGGAGCUUGCUCUGCCCAUCCCCGCCCAGCGCGCUUUGCACCCAGACGGAUCAUAUCAGCAGUGAGAGGAAGGCUUUCGCCAAAGAGGAGAGGACAGGACCUGAGCAGGUGCUAGGGAAGACUUUCUCACGAUGAGAUACUGUGAUCCAUUGUGUGUGUGUUUAAAAGCCUUCACUGACGGAUAACGAAAGCAAUACAUUGAGUCGCCCCUUUAAAACACAUACACACAAAUUACCAAAACUGUUGACUUGCAGCGUUGCUCCCAGGAAAGCUGCUGGCACCUGUUGAGUUCCUCUUCUGUUUCUUUUCCUACCUGAGGCAGACACUUGCAUUCUGAUAUGGAAUACGUGUAUCUCAGCCAAGGGGGUUGGCAUUUUUUGUGCAAUCCUACAUGUGCCUACUCUCAGAAGUACGUCCCACUGAGUUCGGCAGUACAGUUGUAGUUGAUUGGCAGGUCUUGUGCAACACACACACACACAAGACUAGACUCCGUGCAUUAAGGAAACUAACAGGAAAAUGCACUGGAAAGUGUGAGUUAGCACUUGUUUUGACACAGCCAUUGAACAAAUCGGAAUCAAUGCUCUUUAAAUAGCUAGUAUCAUCUAAUUCCCAUGCAAACAAGUCUGGGUGGAUGCUCAGUUAACAGGUUGCUUGAAAGCACAGUGCUUACCCCUGUUGCACAAUAUGUGCUGCCCAGCUACUGUCUGUUACAUUAAAAUUAAUUCCCUUGGACACUUCAAACACAGGGCGUCUUUUUUUGAGAAUAACUUGUGUGCUAGAAAUAUAACACUGGAAGAACUAUAACCCACUUACUUGCCUUAUAACAAAGAGACAUGCUCCCUGCAGGCGUAAGAGUUCUGUCCUGUUUAACAAGCCUGCACUUGCAGAAAUAUAAUCCAGCUCUUGUAUUGCAUUUUCAAGGAUGUUCAAAAAUGAAUGUUGUCCCAAAGUGAACACCCAUGCCAUUCAAACCCUAUGUGGUGUUUUAUGUUUUUAUUGUUUAUUUGAGCAGACUGUUCAGCACCCUGAGCGCUUUUACAGAAUGUCAGCAUGGACGUUUUCAAAGCAAAUAAUAUACAUAUACAUAGGAGGAGGAGCCUUUGCUACAGCCUGGAAUUGUAAAAUUAAGAUGACAAAACACAUCUAUAGGAAAGUAGUAUAUAAACAGAAUAAGGAAGGCCAUGAGUCUGUGUACAAAUACCAGGAAGAACGUCCUACUGAAUUUCAGUACAACUUACUUCAGAGUUUGCAUGCACAAUUAGGCUACACUCUUGCACACACUUGCCUCAGAAGUAAGUACCUCUUGAAUUUUGGAGGAAGUCCUCCUAGCAUAGGGGUGCAAAGCUUCCUUUAUUUAGCUAUUUCACUGUCAGACUUUUAUUUAUUCUUCAUUUUUUUCUUCCAGUGCUUCAGAUUAGAAAAGAAAGGAUGUGUUAGCUAAGGGAGCAAACACACAUAGUGCCAGCCUUGUUCCUGUUUUUCAGUAGCAGUUGGCUGUAUCAUAUUGCUUUCUUGGAUGCUUGCCACAGCGAGAGCAUGUGGAAAACCUUUCAUUGACCUCUCUCCAAGCCUCUAUCUCAGGAAGCUACCAAAAAUCAGACAGAGCCCUUCAGACUGAGAGCAGCAUUAUUAUUCUAAAUUAAAGGACAGAGGUCUCUUAUUAAAUAACAGUGGGAGUGGUGCUUAUUUGUAGCUAGAACAUGGCUGCUGAAUUUGUUUUCAGGGCCCAGAUCUCAUGUGGAGUAAGAAUAAAGAUGGUGCCUCUAAACACCCUAAGAAGGUACAGAGUGCUUUCCACAUAGUCCCAAAGAAUAGCUACAGCCAGCCCCCAAACAACAGGUUUUAAGGCUGUAGGGUUUACAGAGCAUAACUUUGAACAAUCUGAAGUCACAUUCCACUUCAUCUGAGAUAUUAAGCAUGCAAAUCUCACGGAUGGUAAUAGGCAACCACACUUAAAUGAACAUAAAAGGGGGCCUGUUAGAUCAGGCCAGUGGCCCAUCUAAGUCCAUUAUUCUGUUCUCAAAUUGGCCAGCCAGAUGCUCAUGGAAAGCGCGCAAGUAGGACCUGAGUGCAGCAGUACCCACCCCAGCUGUUAUUCCCAGCAACUUGUAUUCAGAGGCAGUGGAGGUACAUAGCCAUUGUGGCUAGUAGCUUUAUCCUCCAUGAAUCUGUCUAAUCCUCUUCUAAAGAGAGUGCAGUGGUACCUUGGGUUAAGUACUUAAUUUGUUCCGGGGGUCCGUUCUUAACCUGAAACUGUUCUUAACCUGAAGCACCACUUUAGCUAAUGGGGCCUCCUACUGCCGCCACGCUGCCAGAGCACAAUUUCCGUUCUCAUCCUGAAGCAAAGUUCUUAACCCGAGGUACUGUUUCUGGGUUAGCGGAGUCUGUAACCUGAAGCGUAUGUAACCUGAAGCGUAUGUAACCUGAGGUACCACUGUAUAAGUGCUUGGCUUAUUAUUUGAUUAUUGACUUCCUCCCCCACAUGGUGCUUGCCAUUCCCGCGCUCCCCACCCAAUCUAGUCAAGUGAAGUUCCACACCUACAUCAGCAAUGUCACACCCACUCGUCUGGAUAGAAUAAGGCAGGAUGUGCAAACAAAAAGUACAAUAUCACACCCUGUUGAUGUUGGUAUCUUACAGCAGCAGAGCAAUGAUUUAUUAGAAUUAGAAGUCCCCUGUUUUGAAGCAGGGUGAGGUCCAAGUUCCAUGUUAUAAUGGGAGAUCAUUGUUGCUUUGUGGGAGAUCAAUGCAGCUGGGGGAGCAGGGAAUGCUAGUUUGAUCAGGAAGUGGUGCCGGGGAUGGGGGCAUUUAACCCUUUUCCAGUUUAAAUAUUGCUCCAUGCUGGGGGUGGGGGGGAUGGGAGAGAAAUAUAAGUCCCUUAUUUUCAUGUCUGAAUUUUUAUUCAAGACAGAGCAAACGCCAUGUGUAUGUGAUAUAGAUUGGAAGAACAGUUCAGGGGCAAGGGUUAAAUACCUCAAGCCCUUUCUAUUUAUCCCCAGUCAGAUUAGUACCUCCACUCUUCCAUGAAAAAAAAAGCUUGGGAAUCAGCUAAUCAUGGAUCUUUCAGCCUAGCCUGUAGUUUGGCCUUGGGAUAAGAAUUCAGUCUUCUUUGUCAUUUAUGUCCCAUAAUUUCAUUAUUACUCUAUGCUGUAUUUUUAUGACAGCAAUUAUAAGUUCAGUGAACUGAGGAAGGUCUUGAGAUGCACAGUACAAAAGAUGGCCCCAGCCGUGAAGACUUGCAAUCUAACAUCUCAGUCCCUAAGCACAUUUCACAUGACCCUCCCCAUGAACUUGGAGAUGAGUAUUUCAAAUCACUUUUGAACAUUCAUCCAUCAAAAGGGAGUUCCAGAUUUUUUAGGGGCCAGGGCCAAAAAAGCUUUGUCUUAAUUGUCCUUUCCACUACAUGGGGUGCAAAGCAAUUUCACCCACUCCCUCCAGCAUUCCCAUACAUAUCCCGUUAAGAGAACCAGUUGAGGUGCUUAAUUAAUAAUAGUAAGAGUACAACCCCCCCCUUCUCUCCAAGCAUUACAUAUUUCUGAGAGUUCUUAUCUGCCUGCUGUACAUUUUAUUCAUGUAUUUUGUGUGCUAGUUUGUGUUGGUGCAAGGGAAAAUAAAUGCAUAUAGAAGAAGAAUUCCCUGGAUGCCAAGAUCCAAGUUUGGGGCAAGUACCCUUGGGUGAGAGAACCCAAAAAAGUUUAAAAAUCACAAAAUGUGUAAAACCUAUGCAUGCUAAAACAACAACAACACAAGAAAUCCCAUAAAAAUAUACAAAUAAAACUAAAAAAAAAAAUUGCCAGGAAUAAGCACCAGGAAAUAGGUGCUGCCUAUUUAUUUAUUUAUUUAUUUAAAUACAUACAUUUAUAUUGUGCUUUUUGAAAAUGAAGUGUUUUGGCCACUCAUAUCCCUAUUACUGGAAACCCUUACAGCAAAGUUGGCUAUUGUUAGUAACUCUAUAUUACAAAUGGGGGAGGUGAACCAAGGGUGAAGAUGUGUGGCUUGCCUAAGACCAAUUCAUGACUGAGGUAAAAUCUGAACUAGGUACUUCUGACCUCAUAACAUUGGCCACUAACCACAGAACUUAAUAAAAUGCAUUAACUGGGAACUUGUAUUGAUCUCUGAUGGGAUAUUGGAUGAUGGUAUUCCUAUCAUUCGUGUAUCCCAACUUGAGUUGAGUGGUGGUAUUGAUUAUUUCCACAGUACAAAUAAAAUGGAGGUGAAUACUGGGAAAUGUUUCAAUAAUUUUUCCUAGUUCUGAUCCUGCAGCAUCAGCUUGAGUCAAUGUUAUAUAGCAGAUCAAAGUACAGAGGAAGUUAAUACAGACACUUUCCUGAAUAAUAUUGGUGAAGAAGGAUCUGAAUGCAUUUGUGAACUGCUUUAAUCAUGGUCAGGAUUCUGUGAUCUUGUAUUUGUUCUAGGGGUUAUAAUGGAAGUAUGUAAGCAACAUCAAAAAGAACCCUGUAGUCAGGUAUAUCUCUAAGUAAAUUUAAGACAUAGUAACUCUAAGCUAUGUUCAUAAUUAGAAUCAUCUCAUUUAGUACAGAGGACUCUGAAUAUAGUAGUAAGUGGUUUGUUGCUUGGAACAUCAAAAACAUGUUGCCAAGACAAGUGGCUUCUCAAAUUUGCUGGUAGCAGUGGGAAAUGAAAGUGCUUCCUACCAUAUUUAUCUAUCAAACAUGACUAAGUAGUUGAGAAGAAAAAAACUGAAUCCUAUUCCAUUUCAUAGAAUUGCUCAUCCAGCUAAAUCAUAAUUUUAACUAGUUUUCAAAUAUAUGAAAAACAGAAAAUAUAGGUGUGCUUUGUGAAUUCUGCAAUGACAGCAUCUGCAAAUAUCAUAUAUGCUUUGCAGACAGGAAAAAUACUCUUGGGUAGAAAAUACAGACUGUAGUUCCAAACAUUUGCUCUAAGCUUGGGAGCAAGCAUAGCCAUGUCCUUCUUUGACACAUGGGAGGGUGGUGGAGGGAGAGAAAGAGAGAGAGAUGAAGGAAGGAAGGGGAAGAAGCUUCAUUUUCUUCCUCAUGGAGGUAAGGGAAAGUGACCUAGUUUAGGAACAGAACAUACCCCUUAUACACUAGCUAGCUCUCAUGCAUUGCUAUGUUUGACUGCAAUUUCCCACAAUAUCAAAGUCAUCUUGAUAGAAUACCAACAACUUUAUUUACUAUGCAAUUACUUCUGUGUGGUAAACAUUCUGCCUAUGGUCUUUGGGCUAUCCACAGUGUCUGUUCAUCCUCAUGACUGGUUUAUCACUGGGAAUUACCGUAUUUUUCGCUCUAUAGGACGCACUUUUUCCCCUCCAAAAAUUAAGGGGAAAUGUGUGUGCAUCCUAUAGAGCGAAUGCAGGCUGCGCCGCUAAGCCCAAAGGCAGAACAGGGAAACGGAGCGCUGUGGAGCGCUCCGUCUCGCUGUUCUAGCUUGGGGACUGCUGUGCGCAAAGCCUCUCCAGGGCAGCGGGGUGCCUUCACCCUGCUGCCCUGGAGAGGGUAGCAAGGCUGUUCCCAAGCCAGAACAGCGAGACGGAGGGCUCCAUCUCACUCUUCUAGCUUGGGGAUGGCUGCACGCAAAGGCUUCAGGGAUCUUUGAGGCUGGCGGUGGGGGAAAGCAGCGCUUCGCCCCACUGCCAGCCCCACAAGCUUGGGUGAAUGCACCUUGAACGCACCUUGUUUUAGAGGGGGAGAACAAGAAAAAAAAAUUUUUCCCUGUUCUCCCCCUCCUAUGGUCUGGUGCGUCCUAUGGUCCGGUAUAAUCCUAAAAAGAAAGGGAUUUUGACUAUUGGUGGCUACCUAAAGAUGCAUUGAAAAAACAAGUCUAGGCCAUGCAUUUCAGUAAGCUGCUCUAACAAAAUACCAUUAAAACACAACUGCAUAUUGGAAAAGGGAAGAAUGGGCAGGAAAGUUUAUCCCUGGGGGGAUUUUUGAAGUAUUAUCUGGCCCAUAUUGGCAGCUCCACAUUUUACUUGGCACAGAGAUUCCUGUUUGACUAAUGAGAGCUGAAGUUAAGAUGGGCCAUUGCCAGAUUUCAUUUCUCAGUUGUGUGUAGGAAUAAUUAGAUUCCCCAUCGAGGAAGCAGCGAAAGUAAAUCAUGGCAAAAGUGCAUCGUUAUGGUGGAGCUCUAAUGUAAUAAAGAUACAUCGAUAAUUAGCCUUAUUUACCACUAACUGAUGUGGACAGUGAAUAAGAAAGGAGAAAUGUUGGGAAAUAAAUGCACAAAUAAAAUGCAAAGACAAGACCAUAAAGGGAUUUUCUGUGCUUACUGUUCAGCGUUAACUAGCAAGGUGACUGCUCUAAUAGGCCAAUAACUUUUUUUUAAUGCACCACGAUAACCAUAAUCUCAUGGAGGAUGCUUGUGUUAUCAUUCUAGCAUAAAGCUCAUAUUCGUGACUGAUUUAUUUAGCUGUUCAUUACUUUAGCAGUUUUAAAAAAAUCUUCCUUAAUUAGUAAAGAACUGCACAGGAAAAUCAUACAAACCACCUUCCUCCUUUCUUAGAAGUAACCAUUGAUUUUAUUUAUUUAACAAAAUUUAUAUGCUGCUCGAUUGCAGGGAGGCGGAGGCGGCUCGGCGGGUGGAAGGGAGCAUGUGCAUGCAUGCUCCAACAGCCCCGACACAUGGAGGGGCCAGGCACCCUACCCCUCCUUCCCUCUCCACAGGCCCAGUGUCAGGGCAUGCUCAGCAUCCCUAAGCUGACCACGAGGAGGAGGAGGCACUGCUGGCAUCCCAGCCCCUAAGGCCCGACCAGGUGCAGCUUGCCUCCCCAUGGCUCUGAGCCUCCUGCCCACCUGCACGGGGGAAGCCCCAGCAGCCCACACAGUCCUUGGUGGGUUAAUCCUCUCCCCCCCCCCCCCCCAAAGCUGGUGGAGAGGAGUGCUACAUGAUGUUUCAAUGUAUAUUAUACACUCCUUUGGGUUAGUAUCCCAUGCACAUCAUAUAUGAAUAAGUGUUUUGACUUCCUUCUUGUCGACUUGCACCUUGCUACAUCUCUACAGGCUUUGACAUAAAUAAAUACAUUUAGAACAAUUUCUAGCUGAGAGAUACCUGCACAUAUUAAAUAGUUAUUGUGAGGAGUAUUGCAACAACAGCCCAAGUUUCACAUGUUUGGAUCUGUUGAGUUGGUUCCGAUAGGGAGCCUUGCAAAUGGAAUGCAGUUAACUAACAGUUUACGCAUGUUUUUUAAAAGUAAUGCUAAGAUAAAGCCCUCAGUCUACAGCUUGUUUACACAAGAGAAGUCAAUUUAAUGUGAAUGGGGUUGCUACAGACCAUAUUCUGGUCUGCAGCCAAAUGGAUAGUUUCUACUUAGCACUCACGGUUCUUCACACACUUAGGAUUUGUUGGUGAUGAGAACAAGCAGCUCUUGUAGAAUUUUGCUGAUGUUUUGUUUUGACUUUUAGCUAAAUUUGGGGGCAGCUGGGAAGAACUGGCUUGUAAUCUUUAGCCUGACAUUAGUUUAUUUUCCUUUUUAUCAUACUGGAUCGUAGCACAAAUUGUAUCUAUCGCUGUGCAUCUGUGUUUGGAGGCAAUGAGAUUGGGGGCUUUUUCUAAAAGUAGGUCAGUUCUGGUGCCGAAUGUGGCAGUUGCAGUUUAGUGUCUUUGAAUGCACUGUAGAAUCAAACUGGGAUGCAGGCCCCCCGCCUUUUUGUAGCACCUCCAAGCUUGAGUUGAGUUGCUAUGGAAACGCCUGGGCAAACUGUUCAAGUGGCUAUGACUUAUUUGCCCUGGCCAAAUAAUAAGCAGACUCUACUUUGCUAGGAGCUUGCGAAUAAGUCAAAUUUGUGAUAGUAAUGUUUUGUUGUGACUUUUGGGUGGAAAGGCUUAAUUUCUUCAGAAAAUGCCAAGGUCUAUAAUAAAUUGUAAUGGCAUGAAGGUUUUUGAAACUAGGACUACAUUUGGAAGACAUGAGGGAUGCAGCUGAGUACUGUUCACCAGUGCUGGUGAAAGAAAGAAAGAAAGAAAGAAAGAAAGAAAGAAAGAAAGAAAGAAAGAAAUCCCAUCAUUCCUCCUGAAGUUACCCAGGGUGGCAAACACACAAUUAAAGCAUCUAAAAUUCCAACACAGUUGCAGACUUGGAACUAUCUGUGCUUAAAAGUCAUGAUGAAAGAAGAAGGGGUUGUAUUCAGUGCAGUGGGGAAGCAAAUCCAAUGUUCUUGCCACUGUGCCACACUGAACUUCCUGCUGCCUUCCCUUCCCUCCCCCUCUUGGUAAGGUAAAGGUACCCCUGCCCGUACGGGCCAGUCAUGUCCGACUCUGGGGUUGCGCGCCCAUCUCGCUUAAGAGGCCGGGGGCCAGCGCUGUCCGAAGACACUUCCGGGUCACGUAGCCAGCGUGACAAACUGCAUCUGGCGAGCCAGCGCAGCACACGGAACGCCAUUUACCUUCCUGCUAGUAAGCGGUCCCUAUUUAUCUACUUGCCCCCGGGGGUGCUUUCGAACUGCUAGGUUGGCAGGCGCUGGGACCGAGCAACGGGAGCGCACCCCGCGGCGGGGAUUCGAACUGCCGACCUGACGAUUGGCAAGUCCUAGGCGCUGAGGUUUUACCCACAGCGCCACCUGCGUCCCUCCCCCUCUUGGUAGUCUACAGCAAUGUGCAGCAUUGGGAAGCCAGGAGAGCAAUGCAAUGCCAGCUGCACAACCCCACUGGCCACUACUGGGAGGGGUAAUGGUAAAAUCCACCUCUCUCUGUAGCCAGACUCUACAUGGUUGUGAGCUGUCAUGUAGUCAGCACAGAGAUAGUCACCUGCUGUGUCCAGCGGCAUUGGAAUACUUGGAACUGCAAAAGAGAGACACUGUGGCAGGCAAAUGAAUUUGGAAACAGAAAAACAGCUGGCAGGGAAAGGAUAAAGCCCCAUCCACCUCUCUUCCUGAUCAUCCACUCCUGAAGCUGCUCUUUGAUUUUAAAGAAACAUUACAUGACCUGUUUCUCAUGUGUAGCUUGCUCCCCUCCCCAUCAUAGUUGGCGUCUUUGUUCUCCAUAGAAAAGGCAAAGUAGUGUCUUACUACUUGGAGUCUCCAAGAACUAGUGAGAUUCUGGAACAGAGGAAAAUAAGUGGCAUAAAGAUAAAAUUCCAAAAUUGCUUGCUCUGUUUUCCUGUUUAGAACUCUGGGUUGUUGUAAGACUGCACUGUGUCACGUGAGCCUGAGGUCCUUUCCAGGCUUGUGAUGCUAAGCCUUGAGACUAGACAUAUGGGGCUCCAAAGGGCUUUUCCUUCCUGCCUCUGUGCUAGUUGAUAGUACAGAGAGCCAAUUGCUGGAUUACAUAUAAGACUGGCAGUACACCUAUUUCCUUCCUCAGAUUGUUGGGAGCGCUGAGACCUUUUGUGUAAUUCCUCCUCACUCAUAGUAUAUUCCUAGCCAAUAUAUGGCUAGUUAACACUUUGCUUAUCCAGCCAUUUUUGUAUUCAAUAAGGUUUUUGUAUUUUGAGGGGUUCUUUGUGUUACUUAGCUCCAUCCUUAUGCAGUUAUACAUUUAAAAAAGGGGGGGGGAUUAAACCCAAUUCGAGGGUGUCCAUUUGCACAUUGCCCAAAGGGAGAAUAUGCACCAUAAAAGAGGGGAAUAGGGCAGAAAUUUGCAUUAAAUGUGCAUUUGCCAAUUUUUAUGUGUAGGUACAAAUUUAGAAAUAGUUAGAAUUUAAAUUUAACUGCAGGCAAAACAAUUUAUUUCACUUUGAGAUUACCCCAAAAUAGUUCAUUUAAUUUGUUUCUCACUUCCCCAUCAAAUGAACUGUUCAAUAAUUUUGCCCUGUAUCAUUAGGUCAACCAUCUUCAGUUCAUAGCCCACAACUGCAGUGUCUGUUUCUUACAAGGUGGCCAGGGGAUGGUGGUCUUUUUGGUUGUUUUUUCUUUCUCCUUUUUCUUAAUCUAAACCCCAAAAGGCCAGCUGGGAGCUCAGCAGCAGGUGUUCCCAAACCACAAAUGACCCGGCAAUUAGAAAAUAACCCUAUUAUGCACCCUCCUGGGUUCAUAGGUGGCAGCCUUUUCUUUUUCCAUGUUUUCUGGAAAUGAAAUUGAGGGUACAUCAUUCUGCCAGGUUGAUUCCAAUUUUCCAGGGACAACCCAGAUUGCUUCCCUUUGGGCAUCUUGCAGCACAGUCCUAGAAUACUUGCUCUGUAACAAACUCCAUUGACUUCAGUGGGACAUAACUAUGACUGCUGUCUUAUAUACACUUACUAUUUAGGACUAAAUUUAAGUAAAUUCAAUGGGACUUACUUCUGAGCAGACGUAUGUGUGUGUGUGUGUGUAUUUAUAUCUAUCUAUCUAUCUAUCUAAAUAUAUCUAAGUGGUUUCAAUAAAAACAUUAACAUUCAGCAUUUCAUAAAAUUCCUAAAAACCAGAUUAAAACAAUAUACCAACUGAAUGCUACUGUAUGUCACAAAUCAAACUGAGUAGUGUAUAAAAUGGAAAAUAAAAAUUAACUGAGUCCAGGAAAGUUUGGGUAAACAUAAAGGAUUCUAAGAUGUGUUUAAAGGUCAUUACUGUCUCCACCUCACAGAGUUGUUCUGUUUGCACUUAUUCAAUGAACUUCCCCUCCCCUCCUACUCCCCCUUCACAUUCCCCAAAUCUCUACUGGGGUUUCCCUGACCCUCUGGAGAAGAUGCAGGGGGCUUGAGAGGGCAGGGAGAAGAGGAGGUCCUUCCAUGAAAGGAGCAACUUUGUUGGAGACAACCCAGUACUUUUUAAUGGUAGAGGAAAUAAAAUAAAAUACUAUUUUGUCUUUGUUUUAGGUCUGUCGGCAGCUAAGUUGUUGUCUGAAUCUGGAGUUAAUGUUGUGGUUUUAGAGGCUCGUGACAGAGUUGGAGGACGGACUUUCACAGUUAGGGUAAGAAACAAGUAGCCAAUAACCAUAUUUUAUGUAAAUGUAGCAUAUGACAUUCUUGAAAGAGGAUGCCAAUUCUGCAAAAGGUUCUGCUUGAUCACAAAGUUAUGUAGAACACAUAACUGUGGUUCUAAGUUUGCAUGUGUGAAUUAGGCCUAAUUCUGAGGUGGAGCUUUGUUUGCUGCUAUGAAACAUAAGCACUUCCUGGUUCUUCCAGUGUGGAACAUCCAGUAGGUUCUGUUAUUCCUGCAUUUUUUCCUCUUUUGACAGAACAAGCAAGUAAACUAUGUAGAUGUUGGUGGAGCCUACGUGGGACCUACCCAGAACCGAAUUCUGCGACUGGCUAAAGAACUUGGCAUAGAAACAUACAAAGUAAACGUAAAGGAGAGAGUUAUCCUGCAUACAAAUGUAAGAAUUACAUUUCUACAUCUCCUUUUGGCAGCAGUGUGCACAGGAAAACAUUUGAUGCAUUGUAAUAUGAAGGACAUAUAUCUCUUUUCUGUUUGUUUAUUGACAGUUGAGUGGAAAUGUUUCUUAUGCAUUCUUUUUCUAAUACAGUGGUACCUCGGGUUAAGAACUUAAUUCGUUCCGGAGGUCCGUUCUUAACCUGAAACUGUUCUUCACCUGAGGUGCCACUUUAGCUAAUGGGGCCUCCCGCUGCCACCGCACCGCUGUCACGUGAUUUCUGUUCUCAUCCUGAAGCAAAGUUCUUAACCCAAGGUACUAUUUCUGGGUUAGCAGAGUCUGUAACCUGAAGUAUCUGUAACCCGAGGUACCACUGUAAUAAAUUCCCUACUGCAUAUGGAUGAUCCAUGAAGCACUGCUGAGUGAAGGCAAUUGAUCAGGACUUUAUAGAUUCAGGAACCUGAAGAUUUGCAGAACAAUUUUUUUAUUGCCCUCCAACAAAAAUCCCCCAAAUUCCAAAACACUCAUAAGAACAUAAGACAAACUUGCUGUAUCCUGCCAGUGGCCCAUGUAGUCCAGUAUCCUGUUCUCACAGUAGCCAACCAGAUGUCAAUGGGAAGCCUGCAAGUAGGAUCCAAGUGCAAGAGCACUUUCCCCUCUUGUGCCUUCCAACAACAAGCAUUCAGAAGCAGAAUGCCUCCAAACAUGGAGGCAGGGCAUAGCCAUCCUGACUAGCAGCCACUGGUAGCCUUUACUUCUAUAAAACCUCCAUGCAUUUGUUUAAUCCAGGCAUAGGCAAACUCGGCCCUCCAGAUGUUUUGAGACUACAACUCCCAUCACCCCUGGCCACUGGUCCUGUUAGCUAGGGAUGAUGGGAGUUGUAGUCCCAAAACAUCUGGAGGGCCGAAUUUGCCAAUGCCUGGUUUAAUCCUCUUUUAAAGCCAUCUAAGUUGUCCCCCAUUACUGCCUCCUGCUGUUGCUCUGUGUAAAGAAAUACUUCCUUUUGUCUGUUCUGAAUCCUCCAACAUCCAGCUUCUUUGGACAACCACAGAUUUUAGUGCUAUGAGUUCUCGUGUUUCCAACAAAACAAAAAUGUCCCAUCUUGGUUUCAGAAAUUAAAGAGAAUGCUUAUCAGUGGAAAUGCUUUCUGUGGAGGAACUGUCUCUUUAUUCCAUAAAUCAACACAAUCUUUAAAAAAAAAAUAUUGAAUAAUUAAAUGACAAUUACUAAUAGCAGCAUAAAUCCAGCUUCUUGCGCCUCCAAACAUCCACUGAAAUAAAAGGGUUGUAACUAGUCACCUAAAACUAGGAGGGGUUUGGGUUGGGAGAAAGAGUGUGCCAGUUUAAUUCUUGUUGCCUUAUAUACACAUUGUAUUAUUGAAAAUCAAUAACUGGAUAGAGAAGAACCGAACAAAACUCUGCACUUGCAUGUCUAUGCAUCCUUUGCUGUGAGUGUGUUCAACAGGACACAGUGGGACUUACAUCUGAAUAAACAUGCAUGAGUUUCCAUAGUUACAAGGUGUGUUCUCCCCACCCCCCCAAUACACCGUAGACAAAAACAAGUUUUUGGAAGCUCAAAUGUCAUUUAAAAAUAAUAAAGCAAUAGAGUGUGAUAGCCAAAAUUGUAUGCAAUAAAAAAUAACUUCUGUCAUGCCACCUUGGUUACGUUACAUGCUGUUCCCAACCUUCAGACCAUAAUUCCAGUCACUGGUUUAAGCACAAGUUCACUGUUGAGUUUUAAAUCUGAAUGCAGAGCACUUAGAAGAUACAGCAAAAUGUUUAUUUCUAACUGUUGAAGAGAAAUUGCUUUCUUGAUUGAUGAUGUUUCCCCCCUCCCUCUUGAGUUAUAUGGGAAUGAUCAUGUUCCUCUAUUCCCAGAAGGUGUGUAUCUUGUGAUUAUGAGCUAAGAAAGGGUUGAGGACGUUUCCUACUUGGCUGUGAUAACUGGACAAGUUUUCUCAUGUUUCUGUAAAUCCAAUUGGAUUAUCUGCUGAGUUACUUUGGAUAAAAACUUGCAUUAGAGCACUACCACUCACAUUUAUCUCCCUGCCACUCUGAGCAGCAACACAGGAUUAAGUGCCCAAAAGUCUUCUGCAGUUUUCUUAUUUGGUUUCCAUACACUAUGUUUAUUUAGCUACAACAGUAGUUUUGGUGCCUAUUCAAACACUGCGUUUCACAUCCAUGCAAUAGGGGAGCAGAGAUCUAGAAGGGAGUUCAGUGUUGCAGCAUCUGCCUUGCAUGCAGAAGGUUCCAGGUUUAAUCCUCGGAAUCUGCAGGUAGGGCUGGGAAUUCUCCCUGCCUGUAAUCCUAGAGAGAUGCUACUGUUAUGUACUGAGUUGAAUAGGGUCCAAACUGCAGCAGUCUGAUUGGUCCUAGAACAAUAGGAUCCAAACUGCAGCAGUCUGAUUGGUCCUAGAACAAUAGGAUUCAGAAUGCAGCAGUCUGAUUGGUCCUAGAACAAUGCAGCGGUAUGAUUGGUCGGCAGGAGCCACCCAAUCCAGCUCCAGAUAGAAGUGAAUCCACAACCUGAUUGGCCUACAGGAGAAGUCCGGAAUUAGCCAAUCACGUGCAGCCCAUUGUGUAAAUAAUGUCUAUAAAGCAGACACUUUGAGGGGACUUCCAUUCCUUCUCACCACUAUGAGCUGAAUAAAGAGCAUGAAAUCACUUUGCGACUGAGUAUAUUUCAGCUACUAACCUGUGAGGAUAGUACAGAGCUAAAUAGAGCAAUAGUCAGACUCUGUAUAAGGCAGCUCCCUAUGUACCUUAUCAGAUCCAUCCUCCUGAGACCAGUGUUAUAGAGACCCUGCUGUCAGGAGGGUGACUUUGUGGCUCUGUCUCACCCCAGUGGUUUUUAUGGCAUCCAGGGAAACACGGGACAUGGAAUUAAUGGGCAAUGCCCUAAUUUGUGCAUGCUAGCCUGCUUCUCUACUGAAGUUUAGCAAUUGGCAGGAUGGGUGGGGCAGGUCUCUGUAGUAUAAGAAAGCAACUCUAUUUGCUUAGGAGAUGAAGUUUUCAAUUUUGAGUGUCUGUCCUAAAGACCAAACUGAGCACAGUUUGCAAAAGCAGAACGGUGAGAACAGCUGGAGGAAGAGAAGAAGAAAAAACUCUGUAGGAGAUUUUGUUUCUGCAAUACCUAGAGGUCAGAAUACUCAUCCCAUAGUAAUCAUUAACCUUUAUUUCUGAGGCAGUUGGACAAUGAACUUGAGCUUUGUUUAUUGCAUUUAUUAUGUGUUCUUUGAUUUCAGUUUGUUGGGGUGGAUAAAUGGGGGUGUUAGCUGUUGCUUUUUGAAUAUUUGAAAUGUCCUGCUAACCUGUGCAGAUGAAUUAUAUAGAGCACACUUUUAAAUGUUGCUUUUUAGAGCCGUUUCAAGAGCAGUUUCAAUCUGAUGAGCUACAUGGCAUGAAUGUAAAAGGUUUUACUCAAACAUGCAUGCAAAUCAGGACGAAGCUUUUUCUUGCCAUAGCCUCAGCCCAGAUUUUGCAAUGCAUUUUGCUGACAUUCUGGACACACACGCCCAUAUCACAACUUCGGGACACAAAAUUAAAUCAAUUGGUAGUAGAUUCAGCAGCAAAAAAUUAUACUCUUCUCAGAAGACAUGAGAGCAUUCAUGCAGUUAGCAAAAGGAAAUGAUAGACCUUAACCCUUUCACGCCCUUGUGGUCCCGAUCCCCAUAGUCCUAAAGUAAGAAGGGUGGCAUUCAUUUAAGAAUAUUCAUGAAAUCACAGAAAUGACAUAUGAUGCAGCAAUAUUUGCAUCCAGUUAAAUAUUUAUUGAUUAAUCUGUAUGUAGUGUAAAGGGUUUGUUUUGGGAUCGGUCUGGCUUAUAUUUGAAUAUUAUCUUAUAUUCUCACUAAAAGGAAUACAUUUCCCUUGAUUUUGACUGUGGUAUAACAACAUGUAGAAAGUUUAAUUCCACACACCCACACCCCGGAAAUGGACAUUAUAUUCUGUGUAUGAAAGCUACCUUAACUAGCUUUGCUUAUUGGCUGAUGUCUUCAGAAAAAUCCAUCUUUUUCUAUACUUUGUGUUUAUGGAUUCAUUUCCAAUUUUGUUUGUGGAUUGUAACUGAUAUGACUGCUAUGGAGACCUCAGAUCCAUGCCAGGAAACAAAUCCAUUGUUCCAUAUAUUUAUUUGUUUCAGGGAAAGUCCUAUCCAUUCCAUGGUGCAUUUCCUCCAGUGUGGAAUCCUAUCGUAUAUCUCGAUUUUAACAAUUUUUGGAGGACAAUGGAUGAACUGGGAAAAGAGGUAUGCUAGAAACAAUGAAGGGAUACUAUGUAUCAUUAUCUGCAAUAUUUCUAAAAGCUCAUAUGGAAAAUCAUUAGGGCUACAUGAAGAUAGCAUUCAGUAAGAAUCCAUCAAGAAUCAAAGAGAGUUCUUUAUACUGUAUAAACAUUGUGUAGACAUUGAAAUCUUCAAUUAUGAAAUGUAUUGGCCAAAUGAGUUGGUGUCAUUUGGCAUGAUUAACAACCAAGUGUGUUUUACUUCAGGAAAAUAAAUUGUGCCAGAGGCGCAGACCUGCCUUUCCAGCACUAUCCUAAUAAUGAAAUACAGAUAGUGGAAAUCUCUCAGCUUUACUGGCUCUGUUGGAUGUGACCCAGCCUAGCUUCACUCUAUUUUGCCCAGAAGCAGAGUUAGUGGUAUAUAUUUUGUCCAAGCCAAUUUUUCUUCUUUCCCUCCACCUGAGAGUAUUUUGCAACAGCAGCAAAGAAGGGGAAAAUAAAAUAGACGUAGUGUUGGGGUGGGCGGAGCCCAGUGCCUUGAGAGGGAUGCAAAUUGCCCCCUCCUCAGUCAUCAGGUGGAUCAUCUGAUGGGCAGAGAUGGGGCAAUAAAGGUCUCUGUCCAGUUGAUCUGCAUGGAUCAGCUGAGAGGAGACUUUGCACCUGUACACCUGCCUUUAAGUGCUGUCUCUCUGUGUGUGUAUGUACAAGAUGCAUGUGCAGCCCCUGGAGGGUUGGUUAUGGUUGAAUGGGAGCCUCAGGCCAAAAAGGAUUAGCCCCCACGGGGUACCUGGGUAUAAGUCCUAUUGGACUCAGUGGUGCUGAGUAGACAUGUAUAGGAUUGCACUUGAAAUCUUAGUGAGUAUUAAAUGUACAUAUAGUGAACUUUGACAGCUCUGGAAAAUAUCUACUAAUAGCUGUCCUAUCUCCAGCUGUUCUGACUGAUUAAAACAAGGUUCUACUGGUUCUGAAUAGAAGAAUUCACCUAUUUAAUUUUAUUCCACAUGGAGUGUUCUGCAUCUGUGAAGCAUGAAUAUAUAUACACGUGUGUGUGUACGUGUGUGUACGUACACAUACGUACGUGUACAUAUAUAUGCAUGCGCGCACACACACACACACACACACACAGAGAGAAUUGUAUUAGCAUGCAUUUGGGGCUGUGGAGUGAAACUAUUGCCUGAAUGCUCUUUCGGUGCAUGGAUGGAAGUUCAGUUUUAACUGUGAUAUAUGUAGUCUGGCGAGUAAGAAGAGUGACUUAUUUCCCCACAUCCCACCUCUGGUCUUCAGAUUCCAGCUGAUGCUCCCUGGGAUGCACCACAUGCUGCAGAAUGGGACAAAAUGACAAUGAAAGAAUUCAUUGACAAACACUGCUGGACCAAGUAGGUGAUUUGAUUCAUUUUGAAAGUUUACCUGAAUGUGAUACUUGCUUCUUUGCUUGCUGCAUGCCAUAUUCAGGCUACAUACAUCAAAGCCUUAUUCAUGUUGCCUCUCUCCUCUAGUCAUAGAAUAACCAAUCACACAUAUACAGUGUGGCUAGAGAAAUAAAUUUGGGAGCAGAAAGUUAAAAAUUGUAGAAUAUACUUAAAGUGCGGAACAUGCUUGACGGAUUGACCUUAAGCAUCCAUCCUGAUUUGCUUGUGCAAAGCUUAUGCACAGGUUAGACAAUACCUAGUCUUUACUGAGCAUUCAUUCUGAUUUCUUUGGUGGGCAGUUAUACAACAAUGAGUAGUCAUUCUGAUUUGUUUUCAGGGUGUUCACACUUCUUCCUGGUAAACAUUGGUCCAUCUCACACGUUUCAGUGCUUUCCCCAUCACUUCCAUAAAAUCUGUUUUUUUUUAAAGUGCAUUCAUUGCAUCAAUGAAUAAUAAACAUGAAUACUGGAAGAUGUAUAGAAAACACGUUCCUGAUUCUGAAGGUGAAAGGAGGGGCUUUGAGAUAUGGUAUUAUAGUACCCAUUACCAUUCCCCACAGUUUAAGAGGUAGUUCCACUUGUUUCCCCACAUCUCAAUGUAUGCAGGCAUUGAGAGACAGGAAUAGGGAGAACUUUGGUGGACUUCAAGGGAAGACUCCUCACAAUGAGGCGUAUCUGCACUGCCUGUGGUGGGGCAAAGCCACCCUCCUGCCAUUGACGUCAUUGCUGCUUAUCUUGGCAGGGCCAUGGUGAGGUUGGGACUACAUGGUUGCACUGGCAGAGUUGCUGGAUUUGUGACAGUGCUGCUGCUGCAUGCUCCCGGCCUCACCCCAGCCCAACCCUGUUCAGACAAGGAGCCAUGAUGCCCCAGCCAUGCCAUGCCCCACCACACACACCAGUACUGAGGGUUCAAAAGAGAUGCUGAAAACCUUUUCAAUUACAUAAAUGAUGAGCUUAAUGAGGCUUCCUUGGAGGGCAGAGGCAAACAUCACCACUAAAUGUGAAAUAUAAAGGUAAAGGGUAAAGGAACCCCUUACCAUUAGGUCCAGUCAUGACCGCCUCUGGGGUUGCGGCGCUCAUCUCGGUUUAUUGGCCGAGGGAACCGGCAUACAGCUUCCAGGUCAUGUGGCCAGCAUGACUAAGCCGCUUCUGGCAAACCAGAGCAGCGCACGGAAAUGCCGUUUACCUUCCCGCCGGAGCGGUACCUAUUUAUCUACUUGCACUUUGAUGUGCUUUUGAACUGCUAGGUUGGCAGGAGCAGGGACUGAGCGACGGGAGCUCACCCCGUCACGGGGAUUUGAACCGCCGACCUUCUGAUUGGCAAGUCCUAGGCUCUGUGGUUUAACCCACAGCGCCACCCGUGUCCUUAAUGUGAAAUAUAGUUUUCCCCAAAGCAAAUAUUAAUCAUUGACUGCAACCAUUUAACAAAUAAGGCUACAGUACGUUGAAUCCAUAGAAUUUGUACAUUCAUAUUGCUUUUGUAGACUAACAGCCUAGUUGGGAGCUAACUCAGAUCAUCAGCUGGCCAAUUCUGGUCUAGACCAAUAUUAAUAUGCUAUCUGCAGUUUUAAGGUCUUUGCAAUUAACAGAGAUUUUGGACAAUUUAUUUUUAGUGGAAGUGAUAACAUCUAGGAACGUAAUAAAGGCAAUAAAUUCUGAACAAAUCAAUAGCAGUACAAAAUUAAUGACCAAAGGAGGAGCUGUCACUCAUUAAAAUGAUCUUUCCUCAUCAGAUUAAGAAAACACUUCACUCUCUUCUAUUAUUAUUUAUUAGAUUUCUUACCUACCCUUCACCAUAAGGUCCCAGGGCAGGUUAUAAUGGCAGAAACAAUAGAGUUUAAAACAAAAGAAAACCAACAAUCAAUAAUAAUAUUUUAAAAUCCUUACAUUAAUUCACAAUUUUCAGGUAGGCCAAAAUAAUACUAUUCAGUUAUCAAAGCCCUGGAUAAAUAAGUGCAUCUUCAAUGCGUGAUAAAAGCCAAAUAAUGCUGCUGCUGGAGGCACACCUCUGUUUGGUUGGAAUUCCACAGUUUAUGGGCUACUCUUAUCUCACAUUGCCACCCCUCAAGCUUCCGAGGGUGACAGAACUACCAAGAAGGCCAAUUAAAUAGAAUCUUUGCUUGGUCUCCUAAUAAUAGUAUAUAAAAAAAAUGUAGAGAAAAGUACUGUUGAUAAUAUCAAAUUAAUAUCAAUAGCUCUCAACCUUUGUUGUUUCUACCUCUUCAUUGUAUAAAGAACCACUAGGGAUUUUGCUACACUCUUUGUUGAUAUCAACGUCACUUCGGAGUCACACAUGGUCUCUGCUCUCUGGUUCCUGUGGUAUGUGAAGCUGUGUGGAGGAACAACCAGGAUAUUUUCUGUAACCAAUGGAGGGCAGGUAUGUGAAAUCUUACAUGGAUUCUUCCUUGUGAGAAGAAUGUGCUGUUGCAUCUUCUCUAACUGAUGGAGAAAGAGCAUUUGACAAGAACUCAAUGUGCCGGAAUAAACAAACAGAAGACCAUGCUAUUUUGAACAUUUAGACUCUUGUUGAAAUUAGAUUAAUAUUAUUUCCUCUCCCACAUUCACACACCCCAUACUAUGGAGGCUUUACUGUGCUAUUCUGAUAAUGAUCCAGUUUAGUUUCUAUGGUUACUAGCCAGUUACUGUGUUCUUAAGAAUUCUGUAUCUCAUCACCACCACCUCCUGCCCAGAGUCUCUAGUUUAAUAAACAUGCACCCAAAGUACAGUACUACUUAUUGCCUGACCUAAUCACAAGGGUCUUUGGGAAGGUCCUUCAAUUAGAGCAGAAUUUAUAAAAUAGUUUGUAUAAUUUCUGAGAACAUGAAAGUAAUAAAGAGACAAUAUUUCAAUGAAAACUUUGUCGGUAGCACUGCUGUCCCCAGUAAAAGCAAUAUUUCAUAAGCUGGAAGCUUUAUGCUUUCCCUGUGCUUGUAUUAAUUGUGAAUUCUUCUGACCUAGAAAUGAUAGCAAAAUACUGUCUAUGAUUACCUCUUUCAUAAUUAUACUAAAUGUAUUAGAGAUACCAUAUCCCAUAGAAGAGAACUAAUGUGCUUUUGUCCAGAUAUGGUUCUGGUUCAGGGCUGACGCCAGUAGUCAACCAGGUCAAGCACAUGUUGAAGAUGUUUGCUGAUUUUGAUUACUUGGGAAAUCCAGCUUUCAAUGUCUUUUUCUCUCAAGCUUAACUAAAGAUGGACUACACCAUUAAAAAAAAAAAAAUAACAACAUUGUUAUCUUAUUUCUCUGAUGGUGCUGGUGUUCCCAGGAGAGGAAGUUUGUCAGGGGUUCUGGACAGAUAACAGAGAAGAUAAUGGCACUACUCAAAGGCGCUGUGAAACUGGAGAGGCCUGUAAUCCACAUUGAUCAAUCAGGUGAUAGUGUCAUUGUGGAGACACUGAACCAUGAGACAUAUAAGGUAAUCCAAUAAGAAUAAAACAUAGUAUGCAUUUAAUAGGGGGCAUGUCCGCUAUAGCUUUUAAGCCAAUGUAAUCAGCCCCACCCUUGUGUGUUACUCUGCUUUUCUCAGUACUGAGAAAAUCUUUGAAAUCUAUUUUAUUGAUCUAUUUAUGAGAGCUUCAUCAGCCUCUGACAUUUUCCUGUCCUCACUGUCACUUGCUUCCUUCCUUUUAUAUUUAUGUCACUGGACUGCCACUACAGUGCUCACAGCUUUUAUCCAGUACAAAUGUAAAUGUCAGAAUGAUUGAAGUACUGAGCGAACAUCUCUCAAAAGUGUGUAACAUUUCCUCGUACAGAUCUGUAUGAAAAGCUUAUGCCACGAUAAAUGUUACUCUUUCAACAUUUAACAAAGCAGCGUUAGCCUUUAACUGCCAUGGUUGCUCUUCUGGGAUAUGCGUCUUAUGUUUUCCUGUUUACAUUUUACAGAGCAAGUACGUGAUUAGUGCCAUCCCACCAGCCUUAACCACAAAGAUCCAUUUCAAGCCAGAACUACCAACAAAAAGAAACCAGUUAAUCCAGCGUAUUCCCAUGGGCUUCGUUAUCAAAUGCAUGAUGUACUACAAAGAAGCCUUUUGGAAGAAGUCAGGUAUGUGUGCUUUAAGAAUUGAUUCAUUUAUAUCCCACUUUCUGCUUACUAAAGCAGAAUAGACUUUGGCGUUUCAAAUUUGAGUAGCACACUGUGCAAGGUGAAAAUCUUGUGCCCCCCACCCACCUCUCACCUUCCAUUUUGCUCAAUUCACUAUGUCAUACUUCUAAUGCCAUGUGGCACCCCCUAGGCUAUCCAUCUAGUGUAGCAGAACCACUUAAAGAGUCGCGGACAACUCUGGAGUUGCGGCUCUCAUCUCGCUUUACAGGCCGAGGGAGCCGACGUUUGUCUGCAGACAGCUUCCAGAUCAUGCUGCCAGCAUGACUAAGACGCUUCUGGUGAACCAGAGCAGUGCACGUAAACGCCAUUUACCUUCGUGCCAGAGCGGUACCUAUUUAUCUACUUGCACUUGACAUGCUUUCAAACUGCUAGGUGGGCAGGAGCUGGGUCCGAGCAACGGGAGCUCACCCCGUCAUGGGGAUUCGAAUCGCCGACCUUCCGAUCGGCAAGCCCUAGGCUCAGUGGUUUAGACCACAGCACCACCCAGUUAUGCUGCCCUAAAUCUGCCUCUGGUAGAGCUCAAGAAAGCUGACAACAUUCAAAGUAAAACUGUAAUAAGGGUGGAGUUAACAAGCAUCUAAGUUUCGUCUGAUGGGUACACAAGUUGUGUAAUCCUGUCAAUAUGUACAAUCACUAGUGUUGAUGCACUUUCCCUUUCUAACCCAUAUUAAUCACAACAUAGAUAUGCAGUGUAUUAUCUCAGUAACUGUGUUUAAUAUAAUUAUCAUUGUAUAUGACAAUGGGAGACAGGGAGGCAUAUCAAAGAGUUUUUGAAUAUUGCAAUGAGCAAAAAAUGAUUAUUGUAAAGAAUUUAAGAUUAGAAAGUGCAUUCCUUGGAAGUUUGAACAGGAAGAUUUAUGCAGCACAAGAGUUCUAAAUGUGCAAUGGCUAACAGGAUACUUAAUGUUAAAAUAAAUGUACAUUUGUGCCUGGAAAUAGUACUCCACACUGAGUAUUUCUGCCAUUCUAUUUUUCCUUUCAGAUUUUUGUGGCUGUGCAAUGAUUUUGGAUGAAGAGGCUCCAAUUUCAAUCACCUUAGAUGAUACUAAACCUGAUGACUCUGUACCUGCUAUUAUGGGGUAAUGAAGCCUGCAUUUAUAUAUUAGAUGCAAGAAAUAUUGACAGAAAGACUUGUGCAAGGCCAGCUGGUGUGAAGUUAUGGAAUGUAUGCUAGGUAACAUUAGAGAACCCUAUAGAAAAAUGUAUUUAUGCCUUGCUAUUAGUUCCAUCAUGCAUGUCCUGAACUCUGUCCUUCAUUUCACACACAUGCAAACAUUAUCUUUUAGCACUUGUUGCUGUGCCCACAAAUCCCCACAUACCACAAGGGAAUCUACAUGCCAUUGCAGGAAUCCAGCACUGUAUUGAAGUUACCAAUUUCUGAAGUAUAAGACUAGUUGCAUGUAGCUCUUACAUAUUGCUGUUGGGUUUUUCUAAACAUUUUGGUCGCAUGUAUCUUUUCCCCCCAAUUGGUACCUUUGUGUAUGCAAUAUUGACAUGUACUUUCCUCCCUGUUUAGCUUUAUCCUUACAAGAAAGGCAUUUAGACUAGCAGAUCUUAGCAAAGAGGAGAGGUAAGAAUAAGCAACUGUUUGUAUUCUCUAACAAUAACUAAUUUUUUAUCAUUGUAUAUGGGCGCAUUUUUAAGAUGCAGAAGUCAGAUUUUUAAGAUACAUACAAUCAAACCUAACUUCAUGGUUGUUAUGAGAUAGUAGCUUGGACAAGGUCACCUAACAAGCUAAGCAGCAACUAAAUAGCAUGCUCCGACUCUCUGGAAGAGGCGAAAGUCUGCCAUCUUUGUGUAUGAACUUCAGUUUAGUACAAAAAAUGUAGUCUUUUGAGUAAAUACACUCACUGGAAGAUUUGAGUUGUUCAGUGGUUUUGAUAGUUGUUUGGAAUCUUAUUUUGCUAUCCUAUUAGUUUCAAAAACCUGAUGAUUAUGGAUUUGGGCCCUUUCACAUUUUGUCUGUUCCUUUUGCUUCUUCAUGUAGGAAGAGAAAAAUCUGUGAACUCUAUGCAAAAGUAUUUGGAUCAGAGGAAGCUUUACAUGUAAGGAAGAAGAGCAUCUAAAAUUGGUGGAGUAUUAAUUAUUACAACUUACGGUUUAGCUAUAUGAACAUUUGAGGUCUGUGUUCAUAUUAUUAUUUGUUUCUUAGGUGAAAAGGUAAUAGAUGACAACUAUUUUAUCCCUUGCCAUCUGAAUGAAAUCCUUAAAUGUAAAUAUCAGGUGAUAUCCAGUCAUAUUCAGAGCAGACCCCUCAGAAUCAAUAAGAGAAAAAUGCAGAAUUGCAUGCCACAAAUUAGGAGAUACAGGUGUGUUAAGUAAAUUAGCACAAUCAUUACAGGUGGAAUAGGGUAUGUGAUAACAAUCUUUUUGAAAAUGAAUGAAGACCUUUUAUAUUAUAUUAGAAUGCAAGACAAAAUAAGGUACUGGAAAACUCCCCUUUUUGUAAAAGCAAUCUUUUCUUUUUAUUUGGAAAUAUAUAUUUUACAGCAUGUAAUUGAUUAAUGUAGUGUUCUUUUGUUUAUUUUUCCUUGUAAAGCAAAAUAAAAAUCUAACUUGAAAGCAGUGCUUCUGUUAUAGAGAAAUGUAAUUUAUCAUAUGACAGCAAUCUUGUUAAUGGUUUUGAUUAAUGUUUAUGUGCCUAUCUUGCCUCAAACGGGUGAUUAGCAAAAGAAGCUUGAUGGUCUUUAAUUAUUUAGAAUCUCAGAGGCAGAAAGAGGCAGGUAUCUUUGAGGAAUGUUGUUUGGGGAUCUGAUGCAGGAAGAACCAUGUAGUGAUAGUCAACUACCUUUUAAUCAGAGUUGCUCCAUUGAUAUUUACGUAAGAACAAAGCUAAAUUAAGUUUAUUAAUUUCAAUAGGACUACCUAUGAGCAAAACUUAGUUGGUAAAACUUACUUUUACUUUGGAUCUAUGUGGAAGCAACCAUAAUCUCAAUGGCAAUCAUACCAAUCUCUAUACAUCUAAAGAUGAUCAGAGCUUGUUUGCCUAUCUUACAGACUAUCCAAAGGCAACCCUGAGAGGUGGAAUUAUGCUUUCUUAAAACAUGUUAACCGUUACUCUUAGAACAUUGUUUCAGAAGGCAACUGCCAUAUUCUUUUGUACUGUUGAAACACUCUGUUUACGAAGCAUUGCCUAAUCCCUUGUAUCCCAUCACUGAAAUCUUCAGAGGAGUCACUAUUAACGACUGUUCAUGGCUUGGAUGAAAACAGCUCAUAUCCACCAAGAGCUGUGCAUUCAGCAUUGUGGUUCCAAUCUUAUGAAAUUCCCUUUCAGCUGAGGUCAGGCAGACCCCCCUCCCCCGUUGAACUUCCAAUACCUGUUGAAUACCUUUUGUUUGUUUGUUCCAAAAGACAUUUUAACUGAAGUCUGGUUUUAUAGUUGUAGCACAUUUUUAUAUUUUCUGUACUGUAUUCCUUGUACACAUCUUAGAGAUGAUUAUAGUUAAGCAGUAUAUAAAGAUAAGAUAAGAUAAUAAGAUAAGAUAAUUUAUUUAUUGUCAUUGUCCGUAUAUACACAGUAUACACAACAACGAAAAUCAAACACCCACUCGAAGACCGGGUUCACAUACACAUUUGCACGUAUCUCCAACACUCUCAUCCUAUUCAGACAUAAUCUAUAAAAACAUAUCAUACUCCAGAAUGUAACAUAACCUAUUAAAAGCAUAACAUAACCUAAAAACCUGUCUCAUUCCUUCCUACUCCCUGCUUGCUAUUCCUUGCAACUGGCCCUGAGAUCAUUAUUUAGUGCUAAAUAAAUCAUUUAAAUAAAAAAAAAAUAAGCCAAAUCAAUAAAGUUUAGAAAAAAGUAGAUUCUGUUCAAUACUGAUAGGAACAAAUUAAUGCAGACUUUUCCCAUUUGCAUGAAGACUCUCACUUUUUCCUGGAGGGGGGGGGGAAUUGCAGGGGGGGUCACUUCUACCAAGGACCGCACCCGUGGGGUUGAGGAGCAUAACCUAUGAGUCCAUACCAUGGGACUGCAACAUGUGAAAACAAUGCAAGUUCUGGAAAUUAAAGUUCUGCUCCAUUAUUACCAUUUCUUCAUAGACAUACUGCAAGAAUAGUCAUUUCUCUUACCUACCAAUCCUCAAAGCACUCGGCUCUUCGGAGAUAUGAAUCAGGCUUUGUGUUAGAGAAAUGCUUCAAAAAUCACAGCCUGGUUCAUAGCCAGUAACAGUGAAACCCAGCUUAGUCCAAAGUAUUGAGUCAGCACUGUGAAGUAGCAUAACCUCCUUCUCUGAUUUAUAUGAAUUGUAUUCCGUUUGUAAAUUAACACACCUCCCUGUAAUCCAGUAAUGGAAACCUGGAAAAAUAUCCAGCAUUUACAAUGUAAAUUCUGCCAUGAAUCAAUGCCUUAAAAAACAAACAAAAAAACUUUGUUUGAUUUAUUCCUGCAGCCAGUGCAUUAUGAAGAAAAGAACUGGGGUGCCGAACAAUAUUCUGGUGGCUGCUAUUCAGCCUAUUUGCCACCAGGCAUUAUGUGCCAAUAUGGAAGGUACAACUAGCUAAUAAUAUACUCUUGUUCUGUUGUUGCUAGCAGAAAUUUGUUGAACUAUAAAACCUUCUAGAUAUGAAGCCUGCUACACUUAGGCAUACUAAUACGCUAUCCUAGUGAGAAAAAUGCCAGAAAACAGAAGCCAUUGCCAGCAGGCAAAAUAAUAAUAUGCUGUAAAGCACUCUGUAAAAGCAUAAUAAUCUAUUUUAAGGUUGUAGAUAACAUGCUCCUGAUUUAGUCAUCAUUGAGGAGAAACAAUUCAAUUACAGUCAUGGGGCUUAACCACAGAUUACUAGCAAAUAUGUGACUUGGGACCUCUGAAGGAGAAGACAGUUGCGGGGGGCAGGGGGCAGUUUGGAGAUUCCCACCCCCGAAAUGGCCCACAUAUUUCCAGUUCCCUUUGUCUGAUUCCUAUUAAUAGAUGUUGGAUAUAUUUAAACCUCUGGAACUGGGGAUUACUAGUGCUGAGGCAAAAUGGGAAGGCUGCAUUUCAUACAGCAUUUUUGUUUCUUGCAGAACACAUCACCCACUCAUUCCUUUUUUACUGUGUUAGGUUAGAUGGUAUGUCACCAUUGGCUAGGCAACUGGACCCAAUGUUCUCUCCUUCGGCUCCAGUCACAAUUAGCAGAAUAUUUGGGCUAGAAUGUGGACAGAGAUUCACAUCUGAAUGUUCAACCAAGUCCACAUCCUGCAACGAUUAGUACUGCAUAAUUAGACGUGAUAAUUGGAGGCAGGGCAGAGUCUUGCUGCACAAUACAAAUUGACAAUGAUGCUGUCAACAGAACAGUCAAGGGUGGCACAGUUGGGAAGCAGAGAUGCUUUCCCUUUCCAUCUGAAACAAUAGCCAAUUAGGGUAAUGGUGUAAUCAUGAAUGGGAGGGGGGGAAAUGAACAGUGAAGAGGAAGGUUCUGUGAGUUUUCCAAACAUUUGCACCUUCCCUGAAACAACUUUCACAGUGUUACUGGCCACCCCAAUCUCUGCCAAGCAGUGCAUGAGAUUUCAAAGAGGGUCUUGGCACUCAACCAGGGUCUGUGUUCCUUUGGAGAAAAUGAGACACAGUGGAGUCAGCAAUGUCUUUGAAAUCUGAUUUAUUUACACGUUUACACAUAUUUAUACCAGAUCUGUAACAAUAGCAAAAGUUGAACAUCAUGAAUAUUUGAUGCUAUACUGCCUGCUACUGUUCAGUAGCCUAAAACUCUUUGCUCUCAGUGCCUACCAAGUGGGACUUAUGUGUUGCAAUGUUUGUUUUACAGGGUCAUUCGUCAGCCAGUAGGUAGGGUCUACUUUGCUGGCACAGAGACAGCUACUCAGUGGAGUGGCUACAUGGAAGGUGCAGUGCAAGCUGGAGAGAGAGCUGCCAGAGAGGUAAAGAGAGCCAGAACGCACUGGGCAUCUUCAUUAAAGACCUAAGUGAUAUAGCUGUACCAAUGAGAUUUUGGGUCUUCUUGGUAUUCAAAUCUCAAUGUCACUGUGCUAUAGAGAGAAUUCUCAGCAAAUCAGAAGGACCAAAGAAGGACAAUAGAAACUAACAUUCUUUUAUAACAAUCAGUUGCUAAUGAAUCCCAGCUAUUGUUGUUUAAUGUAUCCUUGAAAUGCCUGAAUCAAAGUUUUUAUGUACAAUAGGAUUUUUUCAAACAGAAUGCUAAUUAAGCCAGAAUAAACUUGAAUGGCGUGGAGCAGCUGCUUUAAUUUAAACAAUAGCUCUUAGUAGUCAAAUGCGCACCAUUCAGCUAUCAAGUAAACCACUUCAGAUGACUCAAACAAUAAAGGUAUUAGGUGUGUGUCAGUUAACUUCCUUGUGACAUCCGAACCUCUUUUGUAAACAUGUUGCGGUAUUUUCUGUGUAGGCUAGAUAUUGAGGACUUGGAUCUAUGAAUCUUCCUGGUUUGCAGUAUUUGUGGGAAGUAAACAUGGAACCAAUUCGUAUCUCACCUCAUUGUCCUACUGAAUUAUGAGUUGCCCUUGUGGUGUGUUUAUUUUUCCAUAUGGUCUGGUUUUGCACCACCAACAUACUGGUAAUGUUUGAAAUUCGGAUCAUUUGGGAUGAUCAGACAAUGUGGUGCUUACCACAUCAGUGGUGUACCUUCUGGGAAGCCAAGAGAAUUAGCAUGGAAGUUAAGUGUAUGAUCUGACUCUGAUCUUAGAUCUGAUCUUGCAAUGUGGGAUUCUAGUAUGUGGAAACGGUGUCUGAACACCAUGUGCAAUGCAGGAAAUGGCCCUCAGUUGUCUUUAUCUCAUUUCUGCCUUCAUGACUUGCAUGGUGAUGAAAAGAAUUACUGUUAGUGGGAUAUCAUUUUCUGUCUUCCAGAUACUGUGCAGUAUGGGAAGGAUUUCAAAAAAUGAAAUUUGGGCAACAGAACCAGAAUCAAAGGCAAGUAUGAUUUCUCAUGCUCUUUUUGUAGGGCUGAACGCAACAUUUCAUUGUCUGGCUUAUAUGACUGCAUCACUAUAAUUUAUUGCCAUAUUAUUAUGAGGAUACCUGAUAGAAAAAUAGCCAUGAACUUAAAAUGGAAAUCUUGGCCUAGUUUCUAGUGUGCAUAGUGUAUUUCAUCAACAGAAGCCCAAACAGCCCUGCAGUCUCCCACUAGAAAAUUGCACAUAAAUAGUUUCUAGUUAGUUAAGUACAGUGGGAAAAUGUAUUCCCGUGCUUUGCAAGUCUCUCGUUCUGCGCCUCAAACUGACCAUCUCUAUCCCAUAGUACCUGUCUCCACCUCCUUCUAGUUCCUGAUAGUCUUAUAGUCUCACUCAUUUGCUGAGAUACCAGAUAGGCGUUCUUCUAGCUUUCAUCUAGCAAGAGUUAUUUUCUGGGACUUUGUUUAACUGCAUUGUACAGUUGCUUUCUUUGUUGUUGAAAUUGCUGUGCUCUAAAAAUGACUGCACAUUCUACCUAGGAUGUCCCGGCUUUCCCAAUCACUACCACGUUUUUGGAGAGGAACUUGCCAUCUGUCCCAGGCCUCUUGGGGUUCCUUGGAUGUUCUGCUUUCCUCACCUCGCUGGCUGCGGCUGGACUUCUUGCCUAUAAAAAGGGACUUAUCUUCCGAGAAUGUUUCUGAAGAAAAUGUUUCAAUUUCGCCCUUCAUGCUGGGUAUUGUAUUUUUAUCGUGGGAAAUGUAUUUUUAUCUGUUGCAUUAUAAGUGGCCUUGAGUGGGUGAGUUUUACCCAUAAAGGUUGCCUAUAAAUAUUUUCAAUGAACAAAUGGAAAGAAGUAUCAACACAUCAAAAAGAGUUUUAGUGUCCAUUUAAAAAUCAAGUAGUAGUGAAGCAAAGCUUCUAUUUUCUUGUUCAAGACCCAUGUUGGGCAAAAGGAUCCUGCUAGCUGGGGGAUGGACUAGAUGACUCACAUGGUCCUUUCCAACUCCAGAAUUCUAUGAUUCCUCACUUACUUUUAUUGAUUAAAGUCAGUGGCCUUUUAUCCGUUAUGCCUUUUGAGAACAAGCCAGAACAGAUACUUUGCACAUUUCACAAUGCUUUUGGAAAAAUUCUGUUUGUCUUAAUUUUUUUUUAAAUCUCACAGUCAACAAAUCAAUGUUAAAGGCUUACUCUAGUGGCUCAUUAAACUAGAUGUUUAUGCUGUCAAGUGCCUGUUGUACUUAGUCUACUGCCAUUUAAAAUGACAAAACUGUAAUUUUGUAAAUUUUGCAACUGUAAAUGUAGUUUCAGCUAUUAUAAGAUAUGAGGUUCAGCAUGGAUUCGACUAAAGAGAAAUAACUACCAUUAAGUGCAAAAGCAAGGUAAUAAAGUUAGCAAGAGAGAUAAUUUAGGAUUCCCAAGGCUCUAUAAAUAAAAGUGAGGUUACGAUACGAGAUGUGUGUAAUUAUUUUACAUGUAUUACUUUACAGAAAUAGGUAUAGAAUCCCUCACUAUGUUCUGAACACAUAAGAAGUUGCUUUGCCAUUUUUGAAACAAGAGUAACUUACAAACCCCUUAAUUAAAAAUAGAAACUAGGGAAGUAGAGUCACACUUGUGUAGAAAGCUAGACAAAAUGUUUCCCUUCUGACACAAACAAAUAAAAAUAAAUCAGCUAAAUGAAAAUGGGUUGUAUUCUGCUAAGCAUUCUUAUUUCUCAUAACUCUGUGGGAUAGUUUAAGUUGACAGACAGUGAGUGGAAUUAAACUAAGUUUCUCAGAGUAGACCCAUUGAAAUUGAUGGGCAUGACUGAGUUAGAUCCAUUACUUUCAGUUGGUCUGUUCUGAGUGAAACUUAGUUGACUAUCCCCCAGAAACUGACCCAUGGUCAUCUAGUGAGCAUGGUGGCUGGACAGGCAUUUGAACCCUGUUCUCCUCAGCCUUACACAGUACUCUACGGGUAAUCAGUGGCUACCAGCCACAAUGGCUAUACUCUGCCUCCACCAUGAUUCUUCUGAAUACCAGUUGUUGAAAAUCACAGGAAGGGAGGAAGGAACACAUAUCUUGUGUUCAGGUCCUGUUUGUGGGUUUUCCACAGGCAUCUGAUUAGCCGCUGUGAAAAUAUAUUCUGGACUAUAUGGGCCAUUGCCCUGAUCCAGCAGCUUUUUCUUAUGUUGUUAAUGUCCAAUGAUAAUGUGACCAAUGGUUCCCGGAAAAGACAAUUUACUUCAGGUAAUGUUAUACAGGUAUGUAGAUAACUGACAAUUUGGUGAUAAGGGUAUCCAAGUCUGUUGGUGCUCCUCUCAUCAUUAACUACCUUUGUAAAAUGGUAGAUACGAUUUGUGCCUCUUAUCUGUGUAAUUUAGUGAAAUGUGCCUUUGAACAUUCCUUGAAUUGUCAUUAAAGUAUCCAUUUAAAACACUCCAGAUCA